CGCACCUGUACUUCCAGCCAUGCGCGUUCAGGCAAGAAAGGGCCAGCACUUGCCUUCCUUUUCACCUCGCAACCCUCCCGUAACUCACCCCGUGCCCGUGCGCUCUCAAGAUGGCUCCUCCUGCACGCAACAACACUCACCCGUCGCCAUUCACAAAGCUCAACUCUCAUGUCUCUCUGCUUCGCCCACUUCAGACCGAGCAUGUUGACCCCACCCAUCCCUCCCUUAUCCUCCUCUUCGGCUGGACGGACGCACAACUCCCACAUUUACAAAAAUAUGUCGAUCCAUUGAUGUCUAUGUUUCCAGCAGCUACACUCGUCCUCAUCCAAGCGACAACUUCUUGGUACUUCACUAGUGAGAAACGACUGGAGGCUACGCUGGCUCCCGUCGUCGACAUACUCAAGGGUGAGGUGGCCAAAGGCUCGCACUUCGGAGGCAUUCUUGUUCACGUUUUCUCCAACGGUGGCUCCUUACAGCUUGUGACGUUACGAAAGGCCCUUGCUAGAACACCAACAGCUAUCGGUCAUGACGCACAGAAUAUACACAGUACGACUGCCCUCGUAUUGGACUCGACUCCAGCAGAGAAGGGUCUUUCAUCCGCUAUCAAGUCGUGGGGACCACCGAAUCCCAUACUGCACAUCAUGGCCAUCCCACCUAUCGCACUGCUCUAUGCUGCGUUCAAUGCCGUUAACACUUUCAUAUGUGGGAAUCCUCCCGUAUUCGAGGAGAUGCGCACCACUCUGAACUCAGUUGACCUUCUGCCUUCCAUCACCAAUCCGACGGACCCUAAGGCCACACCUCGUCUCUACAUUUGCUCGGACGCUGACAAGGUGACGCCUCAGGAAGAGGUCCUGACGCACUACGAAGAGGCAUUGACGAAAGGGUUCGAUGUUACUGUCGAGAAGUUCGCUGGCUCUCCGCACGUUGCACACGCUCGUAGCGAUCCAGAGAGGUACUGGAAUGCCAUUCGCCGGCUUUGGGCUAAGGCUGUAACAUCUUCGCGGCCUGUUUCUUCGAUUACGUGAUUCCACUGUAAAUAAUACCUCCCAGUGAGUCGUGACCCAGUCUGUAAGACACGUUAAUUAUAUCCUCGCCUUCUGUCUCGAUGCAUCGAUCGCCUGUAGCAAUCUAGUGCCUUGCGUACAUCAGGUGCCAAUGGAACAGUAUUUCUCACAUAAUUUUCGAAGACUUAAUGGAGGGCUAUGCGGCA